GCAGCCAUUACAGAUGUCGCCGACUUGGAGAAACUCGCAUAACCUCCGUCAAAGUGUUCUGGUUUCACACCUGCUGACUCAGAGCGAAGAUGAACCACGGAGACCGCUACACCUCCUCAUCCUAUCGGAAGAUCUUCGGGGAGUCUCCCAGGUUUUCCGCCUCCUCCUACCGCAUGGGCAGCUCCUCUCCCCGGGGUUCCCCGAUACUUCGCUCCAUGGCUGUGUCAUCCCGCAGCAGCGGGACCUCUAUGAGUCUGUACAGGAGGGUCGGCCGUUCCUCCAUCUCCUUCUCGCCGAUGGCCUCCGACUCCCUGGACCUGACCCAGACCUCCGUGGCCAACAAUGAGCUCAAGGUCAUCAGAACCAACGAGAAGGAGCAGCUGCAGGGUCUGAACGACCGCUUCGCCAUGUUUAUCGAUAAAGUGCGUAACCUGGAGCAGCAGAACAAAAUGUUGGAGAUGGAGCUGGUGAGUCUGCGCCAGAAACAGGGCGAGCCGUCCCGCGUCGCUCUCCUCUACCAGCAGGAAAUGAGAGACCUGAGGUCACAGGUGGACGAGCUGAACCGAGACAAGAACCGCAUCCUGAUCGAGAGGAACAACUUAGAGGACGAGCUGCAGAAAAUUACUCUAAAGUAUGAAGAUGAGUUUAGGACCCGGGAGGAAGCCGAGCAGACUCUGAAGUCCUUCAGGAAGGAUGUUGAUGAUGCCGCAGCCGUCCGCCUGGACCUAGAGCGCCGUGUGGAGUCGAUGAUGGACGAGAUCUCCUUCCUGAGGAAAGUACAUGAUGAGGAAAUCCAGGAGCUGAGCAGCUUGAUGGAGGCGCAGCAGGUCUCUGUGGAGCUGGAGCUUGCCAAACCUGACCUCACCUCUGCACUGAAGGAGAUCCGUAACCAGUACGAGUCCAUCGCCUCCAAAAACCUGCAGUCUGCAGAGGAGUGGUACAAGAACAAGUUUGCCAGCCUGAGCGAGCAAGCCACCAGGAGCAAUGAGGCCAUGAGGGCGAGCAGGGAGGAGCUCAGUGAGUUCAGAAGGCAGCUGCAGUCUAAGACCAUCGAGAUCGAGACCCUGAGGGGCGCCAACGAGUCUCUGGAGAGGCAGAUCACAGAGAUGGAGGAUGCACACAACAGUGAAGUCACAGCCAUGCAGGACACUAUUACCCAGCUGGAUACUGAGCUGAGGAACCUGAAGGGGGAGAUGGCUCAGCACCUGAGAGAGUAUCAGGACCUGCUCAACGUGAAGAUGGCCCUGGAUAUAGAGAUUGCUGCCUACAGGAAACUUCUGGAAGGAGAGGAGACCCACUUUAACUCAGGGAUGUCCUUUGGCGCUGCGAGCUACAGCUACCAGCCUCGAGGCUCCAUCGGCUCCACCAGAAACAGCCAGAGGGAGAAAGACGGGGCCACGAAGGAGAGCUUCAAGGAGAGCCGUGAGGACAAAGAUGAGGCGGACAUCAACUCCAACAACUGACCAGAGACACACACAGAGGUCUGGAGGGUGACGAAUGGGAUUUACUGUGUAUGUGUGGUGAGCUUAUUAGCAACACUCAUACAUGUGUUUCGGAACCAGAACUGAAAGUAAAGAUUUGGGGAGAUAACCGUUGUCUUAUGGAUGACAAAUGUUCCAGUUUUCUGGGUGUGCAGAUCUCUGUAAAUCUCUGGCAGACAUAUUGUCUCAAAACAAAAGAUCUUGUAUGCAUUCACUUAAAACAAGUUAAAUUAGCAUGAAGUCUACAGAAAACAUAAAUAUGUGACCAGGUUCUGAAUGUGGAAGGGUUAAAUUUCCAUUUUGCUGCUAUGUGUGACUGAAUUGAAGCCUGAGUGAAAAGUAAGAAAAAGACAACCAGUUGUCAAACUUGCUCUAAGGAUUCAAAUUGACAUGUUUACAUUUUGUUAAGGGGGAAAUUGACUAAACAAACAUGAGAACUUGAGUUGAUCAUGUAAAUGUGCCAGUUAUAGCAAUAAAGUUUAAAAUGGUUGGGUAGUCAUUAGGUUGAUGUCACAUAGAAAAUAAUAGAGAAAACAGUUCAACCUUACGGCACUUUCACUUUUAAAUAGCACUUUAGACACAUAAGGGGUUUGGAGAAUGACACAAUUGUUUUUUAGUAGUGGCAGA